AUGUUUUCCUCGUCUGGUCUGUUUGAUGGCAUAAAUUGUCCUUUUUUUAAACGUGGGCUCUGCGAGCGGCCUUACUGUUUGUACAAACAUGCCACGGAGUCGUCGCGGGACGCGUUUGGUGCCUCGUGUCAUUCGUCGAUGGUAAACUUUGCAGGAGAGCAAACUGGUUAUCCAUCAACCGAUGAGACCAAAGAUGACUCCCUCCAGGAGCUGGAGCGAAUCAACAAGGAGAUCGAAACCGUGAGGCAUGAGGUGGAACAGGAGCAGAGGCGACUGUCCCGCUACCAGACCGUAUUGGCAGACAGCGUCAAAACUGAACCAAAUUAUUCUGUUUCCAAGUCCGAGACUGGGGCUAGAAAUGUAGACGGAGGCAUUUAUGGGCUGUCGUCACGCGCAGACUCUACCAGAACGUACUCCCGAUCCAGGAAGUACGUGGUUGACAACUCAAAACCAAGGACUGAUUUGGAGUACGAUCCCCUGUCCAACUUUUCUGCCGGUUUGCGAUCCGGCAGCUCAUCGGGUAAAGAGCCAAAAGGGAAACAUGGGCCAGGUUUGAAAAGGUCACGGAACGCCGCACCGUGCGACCAAAAGAAGCCCGUCGCACAUCAGUCUCAGCUUUCCCAGUCGCCAUCCCCAGAGCCACUCGAUGACUCAAAUGAAGACAGUGUCCUGAUUAUUGACAUUCCUCCCUCGCCCGACAGAAAGAGAGCGAAAGCUCAGAAUCCGGUUGAUUUCCAGGAUGAAGUGGAGAAGGUCGAGACGGAGCCCGUUUUACUUCUAGAUACAUCAACAUUUGAGAAAAAAAGAGAAAACAAUCAUGGUCUGUUUAAUUAUGAAAACAAAUUGUUUGAACAUGUACCCGUUGAUGAGAGUGCAGUUAAUUUAGCGGCCUAUCUGGAAGACGUGCAAAGUGAAAAUCAGAAAAUUAAUCAAUUUCGUGCUGAAAAGGUAUUUGAGCAAAGUCCGGCAAGUCCUGCCACCACAGGCCCGCAAGAUCACAACGGCAACAAUCGGUUGGUGGAAAAGGACAAACUCUCUUUUCAGGUUGACUUUCCCCAGUGUGAGCUGCCCCCUAGUGGUGGGGAAAUGAAUCCAUAUCAUUUCCCAACAAGAAAUUCCCUAUUUUAUGACGCUCCAGAUGCUACCUCAAACUCGCCAUGCGGGCAACAUGCCGAGCAGGUCCAGACCGCAGAGCAGCCGGCUCAGGACCGGGUUAGCAGUCCGUGGUCUUCAGCGCUGCCACAGAGCCAGAAUACGUCGAGCAAAAUGCACGGAUGGUUUCCGGGUCCAGCUGCUGCGCCUGAAAGCUACCCGGUGCCAGCAGAACCACUUUCACUCCAUUCAUCUGCGUCGAGUUUGGCAAUCCCAUCUGAAUUAUCAUCCGCAUCCACUGGGCAGCUUUUUGUGAUGGAAGACGCCGAUGAAGAAUUUAUAGUCAUUCAGUCCAGCUCUGAUGAAGAGGAGCUCAACUAUUCUGAGCUGUCUGACAGUGAUCCGAUGGAGGAGUGCUACAGGAUCUUCAUGGAGGCGAAUGAGGAGAAGGGGAAUGAGGAGCAGCCUGACGUGUCGGUUGGCACUGUGGAUGUGGAGAAGCCAAAGUUUAACGUCAAACCCCAAGCAUUGCCGGGAAAGAAGAGGGUGGCUCAUGAUGCCAAACACACAGAGCAGCCCUUGGUGAAGAGCAGACCUCAGCCCCAGGUGCUGGUUCCCCUGCGUGCGCCAGCAGUGUCAGGGUUUUCCUCCCAGCCCUCCACCACCUCCAAGAUCCAGCAGGCGCAGCAGAGAGCCUCCAUGCUGACCGCUUCAGUCAAAGCUGGUCAGGCCUUCGUUUCCUCUGCUUGUCAGAGGAAGCCAGAGAGCCAGAGUGCAUCUUUUGCUUUAGCUCAGACCCCUGAGAACCUGCAGCCUGCUCCCGUACAACAUGCUCACAUGAACUACAUCACUUUGGGCACUGCCGUGAUCGGGGCGGACAACAACUUGCACUUGAUCCUCCCAGAGGGCAUCUUCCCUCUGGCCGGCACGUCCGGCUCCAGCCAAGUGACUUCAGUGCUCACCCCGAUCAGCCAAGUGCAUCCGAACACUGUCUCUGUGAGACAGAUGUACCAUCCGGCUGCAGUCAUCCCUCUGCAGAGAUACCGCACCACAGCCCCGAUGCUCAUUCCUGCGCCGGCACGUAAGCCUUCGCUGGCCUCGGCCUUCGCGUUGUCGCAUUCGAGUCCGGCUGCUUUCGCCGCGCCUCAAGCUGCCGUCUACACCGCUGUGAAGGCUGUGGCGACUAAACGUAGACUGAAGCAGAGCGAGGCCGCCAAGGAGAAAGUGCCACAUGAAAUCCGACAGCGUUACGUCAACAUGUUCACGGAGGAGUUCCUCAAGACCACGGAGAACGUGAACGAUGCUUUUGAAAAGGCCCUCGCUGAAGAGAAGGCCGUGUACAAUCGCAGUGUGAACAAGCUCAAGUAUCUGAGUGUUGCCGUGAACGCUCUGAAGAGGCUGAAGAACCAAAGUGUCCUGACGGCCAAGGAUGAUGAAAAUGAAGUAAAAAGCCAAAGAUCCAAAGGAAACAUAUCACUUGAUCCUGAGUUUAAAGGAAACGAUGAUGUGGCGUUAUAUGAGAUUUUGAGGGACUAUGUUCUGACUGAGGAGAAGCUGGUUGAGAGCAACUAUCCUGUCCAGCACCCGGAGAAACCCGGUUCUUGUGUUCUUUUUAUUGACAUUAAGAAAGGCAGUGCAGACCCCCUCAAGAGGAUCUGCUGUCGCUGUGGAUCCACGUACUCCGUGAACCAAAUGGGCAAACACAUUCGUAAGGAGGAGUGUAAUUAUCACUAUGGGAAAGGGGUCACAGAAAAAGUGCCAGGUGGAGUGGAGACGCGCUACAGCUGCUGUGAGGGAGUCAUGGGAGCUCCUGGAUGUCAAGUGUUUCAGGUGCAUGUCCAUGAUUCCAUCAGCCUGGAUGGGUUUGUGUCCACCGUUCCCAGACAACCCUCAGAUGCCAGCUGUCCUGGGGUCUACUCUUUGGAUUGUGAAAUGUGUUAUACCAUUCAUGGUCUGGAGCUGUCGAGAGUGACUGUUGUCAACUCCAGUGUGCAAGUCGUCUAUGACACCUUCAUCCGACCCGAUAAUGAGGUCAUUGACUAUAACACCAGGUUUUCAGGCAUCGGUGAGGAAGAUGUGAAAGGUAACCGCACCUCCCUCAGAGAGGUGCAGGAGACCUUGUUGAGCUUCGUCAGCGCUGACACCAUCCUGAUUGGACACGGCCUGGAAACAGACCUCUGUGCCCUGAAGUUGCUCCACGGGACAGUGAUAGACACCUCGGUGGUGUUCCCCCACCGUCUGGGCCUCCCUCACAAGCUGACCCUCAACAACCUCACGGCUGAAUACCUCAGGAGGAUCAUCCAAGAGAGUGUUUGUGGCCAUGACACUGAGGACGAUGCUGCUGCCUGCAUGGAGCUUAUGUUAUGGAAAGUCAAAGAAGAAGGAAAAAUGAAGAAAACAUGGAUGUAAAUGCAGACAUAAAAAAAAAAAGCAUUAUUAUUGCUAUUGUGUAUAUUUGAAUGUCGCAUCUAUUUGUGUUCUGAUGAUGUGGGAGGGCUGUUUAUUCUUUUGUUUGUUUACACCACUUACAUUUGAGUUUACAGUGAUAGUUGUAUAUUAAGUUUUGAUUUGCAGCCUUAGUCCAUACAUAUUUGUCUGACAGGGUUGGGUGUUGUCAGUAUAUCCAAGUAAAGGCACAUAAUGAAACCCCUUCUGCGUGUUUUUGUUUACAAAGUUACACCUGCGAAUAAAGUCAUUUAAUAGUUAAUUGUCCUCAAUUAGAUCACAGCUGUCUGCAAUUAGUAGUGAUUUGAUAAGAGCUGAUUAGCGCGUGCAUAUUCAAACACUAAUAAAUGGAAUUUGUGCA